AUGAGAAAUACUUAUAUGCGAGAUGGUACUUUACAAGAAAUAAAUUAUUCUGAUGGCACACCAAAAGGAAUGUAUCAAGUUCUUGAAGAAAGAGUUUUAACCUACUCUAAUUUAAAAAAAAUUUGCUUAGAUUAUAAAAAGCGAGCUCCUCAGGAACGUGAUUGUUGUGCUAUACGAAUUUUAAGCCUAGAACCAGAUUUUGCUAACCAAAAAUCACUUCUUGAAGAAAUUGUCAAAGAGGCAGGUCACAAAAUUAUUUUUUAUCCAAAAUUCCACUGUGAAUUGAAUUAUAUUGAGAGUUAUUGGGGUGCAGUAAAAGUUAAUACAUGUGCUAACUAUGAUUAUAGCUUUAAAUCUUUAAAAAAUAUUGUUCUAAUGGCUCUUGAUUCGGUUCCUUUAAUUCAAAUUCGAAAAUAUUCAAGGCGUUCACUACGUUAUAUAAGUGCAUAUAGACUAGGAUUAUCUGUAAAACAGGCUGCUUUUGCUGUUAAAAAAUAUAAAUCUCAUAGAAGAAUACCAAAUAAUAUACUAGAAGACCUGAAUAUUGAAUAA